GUUUCGUUUCCUAGAGAAAAAGUCGUGAAAAUUUUCAGAAUCGUCGUAGCUUCCAAUUUCUCCGUCGAUUUUCUCUCUGCACACAAAUCCGAUCGCCGGAUUUCUGAACUCUCACCUGAUUCCUGUUUCUCCCAGCUUCACCUUGACACCUUCCAUAGUUUUCCAUUUUCAGGCCGAGGCAUAUAGUGGGUGGUGUAAUCCAGAUUAUUUUUUGUUUCCGGCGAUUUGGGUGAUCAUGUGUUCAACUCUGUAGGCGGAGGAAUUUGGAGUUAGAUAUUUUCUUCGUAGGGAGAUUUUACUUUUGGAUUCAUAGAGUGUUCGAUUAAUGGUUGAGGAGGAUAACUUGGUGUAUCAAUGGAUUGUGAAGGAACUCUGGUUUCUGUGAAGAAGAUGAGAUUGUUGGAGAUUGCUACUCAUCUUAUUCGUCUUCACGGGUUCGCUUGAUUAUACAAUACGUGUCUAGAAAACUAAAGAGUUUUGAUUUUUUUUCCUUCUUGAUAAGUAACUUGUUUUGGGGGAUUAAACAUGGAUGGAGAAGCUACUUCUUGGAUCAGGAGGGCGAAUUAUUCUCACACUGUUUGUUAUCGUAUGAUUACGCCAAACUUAGAAUCUCUGCCUUUUACAGUAAACAAAGAGAAGACUUUUGGAUUGAAAAGGAUGCCUCUGAGCUCACCAUCGGAUCUGAAGUCACUUGUAGGAACUUCACAGGCUAAGCAGCAAGCGACAGGUUCUGAAACACAGAGAAACCCUGUCACGAACAAAAAGAGGUCUGCUUCUCCGUCUCCUCAGAUGUCUCUCUCUGAGUCUUUUAAAGAAGCAAAGUCUGAUAUCAAGAGGUUUUCUACUCCGCAUCCUAGAGGAUUGGAACCAGAGAAGGGAAUGAAGGCGAAGUUGCCUCGUAGAGAUUCCUUUGAGAAAAUAUCGUUCAAUCUACGGUCUCUAUCGCACUCGGAUCCUAUUAGGGAUCUUAGUACCCUGAAAAUUCAAGAGAAGGUGAAGAGUAAGAUUGAGACGAGGUCUUCAAAGUCUUUUGACUGUGGAGCUUCUAGAGUAAGUGCUAUGGGAGUGCUUGAAGAACACCUCAUUGAUACGUCUAAGUUGAUCUAUGGGAACCAGUUUGCGCAUGGGAUAUAUAGCCAACUUUACCAUGGAGAGUACAAAGGAGAAGCUGUUGCUCUCAAGAUUACGCAAGCACCUGUUAAUAGCGAAGACAAACUCUUGGGAGCUCGUUUGGAGAGACAGUUUACCAAGGAAGCCACUCUUUUAUCUCGACUAAGCCAUCCAAAUGUUCUCAAGUUUGUGGGAGUGAACACUGGAAACUGUAUCAUCACGGAGUAUUUACCUAAAGGGUCUUUAAGAUCAUACCUGCACAAGCUCGAGCAGAAACGCCUUCCUUUGCAACAGCUGAUUAAGUUUGGUCUAGAUAUCGCGAGAGGAAUGGAAUACAUUCACUCAAGAAAGAUUGUUCAUCGGGAUCUUAAGCCAGAAAACGUGUUGAUUGACAAAGACUUCAACUUGAAGAUUGCUGACUUUGGCAUAGCGCGAGAGGAGGAGUACUGUGAUAUAUUGGGUGCUGAGACAGGAACUUAUAGGUGGAUGGCACCUGAAGUGCUAAGAAAGAGACCACACGGACGAAAGUCCGAUGUUUAUAGUUUCGGUCUUGUUUUAUGGGAAAUGGUAGCUGGAGCGGUCCCAUAUGAGGAGAUGACUCCUGUCCAAGCUGCUUUCGCAGUCAUGCACAAGAACACUAGGCCGGUUAUACCAAACGAUUGUCCAGCGGCAAUGAGAGAGCUGAUUGAGCAAUGUUGGUCGUUGCAAACAGACAAGAGACCAGAGUUCUGGCAGAUUGUGAAAGUUUUGGAACAGUUUGACAUGUCUCUGAAGAAAAACGAAGGGAGACUCACUCUUAUGCCGAACCAGAUCUGUCCAGAGCUAAAGAAAGGUCAUAAAUACUGGAUUCAGAUAUUCGGGUCAGUCCACCACCACGUCGGCGGCGGCAGCAGCAGCAGCCACCACCCCACCGUAGGCUCAGCCUUACCUAAACCUAAAUUCGCCUGAGAGAGAGACUCUAUGAGUCUCGUUUUGUAAAUAUAAGUCAGUGGCUAUGUUUUUGUUAAUCCACUGUCUCUGUUUGCGUUUGAUUUUGUUUAGGACAACCAUUAAAGAUAGCUUCUUUUCUUGUUUGGCUUGGGUUUUUUGUGAAGCCAUCUCUUUUAUUUUUCUUGAACAGUGAGAGAUUGUUUUAUGGAUUAUCACUUUUAAUUUUGAAGCCU